UAUUCUGUGUUUUGCACAGACGGGAUCCGGACGUUAGCAUUAGCUCGGCGGAGUUGAGUGAAGUGUUGAAGGCGGUGCAGGAAAUGGACAGAGGCACGUCUUGGGACUCCGGAAAUCAGGCAACCGGCGCCCAAUUCCACCAGUACCCGCAACCGCAGCAGCGGCAAGUUGUGUACCAACAAGCACAGACGAUUCAGCAACAAACCCACUACCAGCACGAACAGCAUUCGCAGCAAGCACAUCCCCCGCAGUUGCCUCACCAACUUCACCAGCAGUUGCCUCAUCAACCUCAUCAGCAGACCCAAUAUCAUCCGGUGCCCCAACAGGUCCAAUACCCGCAACAGCAGCAGCAGCACCACGUCAAAUUCCAACAGCAGCAACAACCGGUUUCUGCAAUGCGUCAGCAGCAGCAAAGUUGGCAACCCACCAGCGCCGAAGCUCAAAUUUUCCACUACCAAAACACUCAAGGUGAGCCAAAGGAAGUACAAUGGCCUCCGACUUCUGAAGAAUCUGCGCAGCACCAUGAGAAGCAGAUGCAAGGUGCUAGCGCGCCAGUGACGAUGCCCUUGAGGCACGAGAUCCCACUUCAACAGGAGCCGGGGAAAGUGAUACGAACCGUGCCGCGAGCCACGACGCCAUUCCGCGUCGUCAAAUGGCGCGGCGACGACAAAUGGCCGCCAGAACAGGCGCGACAGAAGUCAGAACCGCCGCGAGAUGUCGUUCGACCAGUGAAGCAACCAAAGGACUACAUGCCGUUCUUUGAGGCCCACAAACUACCGACCGGGUUUCCGGGUUAUCGGGCCCCACCAGGCACGCAGUUUAUCGGCAUCGACGGCGCUGAGCCUGGAUACUACUACGAGCAGCAACAACAGCAUCAGCUGCUGUAGCAAAUAACACCGGGGAUAAUUCGGGUGUGACGCGAAAACUGCCCUGUUCUACUUCUACACGAAAGUGUCACGCGCAAAACAUGCACUCUUUCGCCUCGGCACUACUAACGCUUGACCCUAUACAGCGACACUAAAUUAUCCUCGUAAUCGUAAUUAGUUCAUUAAAUCGAUCGAGCAUAACGGGGGCUAAUUCGAAGCUUCCUGAUGCUCUCCUCUUGAAAUACGCGAGGUUGAAACUUUUGCAAUGCAUUUUUGGGAAACGAAAAACAUAAUAUUGCGUGUGUGCGGAGUCGCGAAUUUUUUUUUUUUUUAAAGUUUGCGAUGCGUUGUCUUAGUAGAAUGCAAAUUAUCCAUCACUGGAUUGACUAAUUACUGCAGCAUACACUCCCCAUUUGGGGAUUUUGUAUUUCAAGUUACAACCUUCAGUCGUUUUACAGGUGAAGGAAGAUAUGCAAGUUUUUUUAUGAUAGAUCCGCAGGUUCGUUGUCUAAACGAAUAAGAAGGAAAACGACUUCGGAAAUAUUCAAGCAGUGUGUUUGGAACUCGAAAUAUCUUCACCCACACAAUUUCUGUUCUCUUUCAGAGGGAAGUACAAGACAAAAAAAUUUGACGAAAAAUUGAGGUGAAUGGGUUUAGACGAUUACGCGAAAGAGCUAGAGUUUCGAUGUGGCCUCGUUCAUAUUUAACGAAUGCAAUCUCACGAAUCAGUAGCAAAUUUGGAAUGGCGAUAUUUAUAUAUUUUUGAGAAUAAUAUCAAAAGAAGUUUCUUGCGUUUGCUGACGAAUACGUAAAGCGCUCUCUUUUUUUUUCUGACGGAUAUUCGGAGUGGAUGUGGCUGUGAUUGGGCUAAUGGAACUUGUGCCUUUAUAUGCGUGUUGUGGAAAAGCGCGGUAGUUCAAUUUCAAAUGUAAUCUUCAAGUCCGAUUUGCACAAAAAAAUCGUUCUGUGUCAAAAAAAGUUCGAAAAUUCGAGAAAAUGUCGAGGCCCAAUGGAUCCAAGUAGAGAAAAACGCACUAUUACAUGUUGUUUCCAUUGAACAAGAUCGCAGAAGAAUGUAAGUGGAUCACGCGAAAAAGUUUCGCAAAAUCAUUCUUGAAGUUCAAUAAUCUAUUUAAAAUUAAAAGAAAAAAUGAAUGUUCGCAGAUUUGGAUGGAAGAUGAAAACUUGAGACUGAGUUGAGUUCGUCAUAGAGAAUCAAAUCAUUCAGGAGUAAUACUUCAGCUCUCUAUUAUGAGCCAAAAUAGGAAAUACAAUGUUGUGUAAUCUUACAUCUUAGUAAAAUAAAUAGUAAUACUGGAAUUAAAAACUUGAAAAUUGAUGUUUUCCUGACCUCUGCUCAUUUAAUGGCGAAAAAAGAACUUUCUAGCCAUGGAAGUGGUCAAUCUCGAAAAGUCAAUGGGCCUCGAAAAUUGAUAUCGAUUAAGAGCGACACCUAGUAUUUUGAAUCUAAAACUUGUUUGAUUCAUUUUCGGGUGCUCUGCCUACGGUGCCUGAGAUCUGUUCCAGAAAUUAUGUUUCAAGGGAUGCGUUCUGAUGUGAGCUUUUGGGUUGUUUUCCCGUUGCAGUCAGUCUACCCUUUCGCCAUACUGAGGAUUCAGUUUUGAAAUAUGUUGUGUUCUCGAUUCCACCAUGUGCCGGUAUGAGCUGUUGGUAAUCUGCACAUGAAGUGGACCACCAAUCUAUGAAAGUUCAGCAUGUGGUAUUAUACUGACGCGGUGAUUUUAAUAAAGAACUUGUAACCAAA